AUGCGGGAAUCCUCUACUCCCAAGAGCAGUUGGACUUCAUCGCCAAUGCUCAGCGCCUUGACCCAUACAGCAAUACAUACAAUGAAGGGUGGCGCCAGCAUCCCAACUUUGCUUGGAAUAGCAACACCACUAAACCACCUGGUUUCCCAGCACCAACGGGUGGUUUCUAGCAGAGGCAGCCUUUCCAGGCUAGACAAGGGCCAGCUCCACAGCAGCAGCCUUACCAGCCUAGGCAGGGGCAACCGUUUCAGCAGCCUCAACGUCAGUAUGCCGAGCCAUCAGCAGCUCCAUCUCCAGAUAAUCAUAUGA